AUGGCAAAUGAAAUUCUUCCUAUAAUACUACAAGAGCAUUGUCAGCUUCUAGAACUUGGUGUUAAUCCAACUAAUAUAUCAUUCAAUUGGUUAACUAUGGAAUCCGAUCGUUUUAUUACUGUACGUGAAUCAAAUGGGCAACAAAACCACGUUGUGAUUAUUGAUCUAAAUGAUACUCAAAAUGUUUUGAGGCGACCGAUUGCUGCCGAUUCUACUAUAAUGCAUCCUAAAACAAAAAUUCUUGCACUGAAAGCUCAACGGUCAUUACAAAUAUUUAACCUUGAUGCAAAAGCCAAAAUCAAAUCUCAUGCAAUGAAUGAAGAUGUUGUCUUUUGGAAAUGGGUUAACGACAAAGCAAUUGGACUUGUCACUCAGACAUCUGUUUACCAUUGGUCAUUAGAGGGUGAAUCAAAUCCAGUUAAAAUUUUUGAUCGACACGCUAAUCUUAAUGAUACACAAAUCAUUAAUUACCGUGAAGGAAAUGUUGUUGGUUAUAUUCAAUUAUAUUCUAAAGAUCGUCAGGUCAGUCAGUCUUUUGAAGGUCAUGCAGCUGCAUUUGCAACUAUAAAAUUGCCAUAUGGCAAAUCACCUACAAGUCUGUUUACCUUUUCUGUUCGUAAUUCUCAAGGAGCAAAGUUACAUAUUGCAGAAAUUGAUCACAAAGAUGAAAAUCCUCCAUUUCAAAGAAAAUCUGUUGAUAUUUAUUUUCCAGCUGAGGCUGACAAAGAUUUUCCUGUCUCUAUGCAAAUUAGUAAAAAACAUGGUAUUAUAUUUUUAGUUACAAAAUUAGGCUAUAUUCACCUUUAUGAUUUGGAGACUGGUACCCGUUUUUUCAUGAAUAGAAUAAGUGCUGAAACUAUUUUUGUCACUGCGGAGCAUGAAGCAACUAGUGGUAUUAUUGGCGUUAAUAGAAAAGGACAAGAUUUGUAUCAGGAUAAUCCUGAUUUUGCUAUCAAUAUAGCAACAAGAUCUAAUUUGGGAGGCGCUGAAGAUAUAAUUUUACGAAAGUUUACUGGCCUAUAUUCAUCAGGGAAUUAUACCGAAGCUGCAAUACUUGCUGCUAAUUCACCACUUGGGUUUCUUCGUACACAGAGAACAAUAGAUCUUUUAAAAGCUAUUGUUAAUGUUGCUCCUGGUGAACCGUUACCAUUUGAACAGUACUUCACUAUUCUGUUAGAGAAAGGCAAUCUUAACCAGCAAGAAUCAUUGGAACUAGCGCGACUUGUUAUGACACAAAAUAAAAGAGAACUAUUAGAAAAAUGGUUGAGAGAAGAUAAGAUUCAUUGUAGUGAAGAACUUGGUGAUUAUGUGCGACCAUUUGAUAUAACACUAGCUUUAUCUAUAUAUCUUCGUGCCAAUGCUCCUAUUAAGGUCAUUGAAUGUUUUGUUGAAAAAGGCGAAUUUUCCAAAAUAACUGUUUAUGCAAAAAAAGUCGGAUUCCAGCCAGAUUAUUCUUCUCUCCUUCAAAAAAUCAUGAGAGUUAAUCCUGAUAAAGGUGCAGAAUUUGCUACUGCUUUAGCAAAUGAUGAAAAUGGACCUUUGGUUGACAUUGAAAAAAUUGUAGAUGUAUUUAUGUCGCAAAACAUGAUUCAACAAUCAACAUCAUUCCUUCUUGAUGCUUUAAAAGAUAACAAACCAGAACAUGGACAUCUUCAAACUCGUUUACUUGAAAUGAAUUUAUUGCAUGCUCCUCAAGUAGCAGAUGCAAUUCUUAGCAAUAAUAUGUUUACUCAUUAUGAUAAACCUACUAUUGCACAUUUAUGUGAAAAAGCUGGAUUAUUUCAAAGAGCUUUAGAACAUUACGAUGAUUCCAAUGAUAUUAAACGUAUAGUUGUACACGCUCAUGCUUUAUCCCCUGAUUUUGUUGUCCAAUAUUUUGGAAAUCUUUCGGUUGAUAAUUCACUUGAUUGUUUAAAAGAAAUGCUCAAAGUUAAUAUUAGACAGAAUUUACAAGUAGUAAUACAAAUCGCUACAAAAUAUUCAGAGCAAUUACAACCAUUAAAUCUAGUUCAAUUAUUUGAAUCUUUUAAAUCAUACGAAGGUCUGUAUUAUUAUCUUGGCUCAAUUGUUAACCUCAGCACUGACCCCGAUGUGCAUUUCAAAUACAUCCAGGCAGCUGUUAAAAUAGGACAAACUAAAGAAGUUGAAAGAAUAUGUCGUGAAAGCCAAUAUUAUGAUCCUGAAAAAGUUAAAAACUUUUUAAAAGAAGCAAAACUUCAAGAUCAGCUUCCAUUAAUUAUUGUUUGUGACCGGUUUGAUUUUGUACAUGAUUUAGUUUUAUAUUUGUAUCAGCAAAAUUUAACUAAAUACAUUGAAGUAUAUGUUCAGAAAGUUAAUUCUGCUCGUACCCCAGCUGUUAUUGGUGCUUUAUUGGAUGUUGAUUGUGAUGAAAAUAUCAUUAAAAACUUAUUGAUGUCAGUUACUGGAUCUGUUCCCGUUGAUCAACUUGUUCAAGAAGUUGAAAAAAGAAACCGUCUUAAAUUAAUAUUACCGUGGUUGCAAUUGCGUGCUAGCGAAGGAAAUCAAGAUCCCGAACUAUACAAUGCUUUGGCUAAAAUUCGUAUAGAUAGUAAUACUGACCCAGAAACUUUUCUUAGGGAGAAUACAUAUUACGAUUCCAUGACUGUAGGAAAAUAUUGUGAAAAACGGGAUCCUCAUCUUGCCUUUAUUGCUUAUCAACGUGGACAAUGUGAUCUUGAACUUGUAAAGAUAACAAACGAAAAUGCUAUGUUUAAACAUCAAGCUCGCUAUUUGGUAAAACGUCGUGAUCCUCAACUUUGGGCACAUGUGUUAAAAAAGGAUAACAUGUAUCAUAAGAGUUUAAUUGAACAGGUUAAUGCUAUAGCUUUACCAGAAACUACAGAUCCAGAAGAUGUUUCUGUCACAGUGAAAGCUUUUAUGGCAGCAGAUUUACCAUUGGAACUUAUUGGAUUAUUAGAAAAACUUAUUUUCGAAAAUACAGCGUUUAGUGAUCAGAAAACACUUCAAAAUUUACUUAUUCUUACAGCUAUCAGGGCAGACAAAGCUAAAGUAAUGGACUUUAUAAAUAAACUCAAUAAUUUUGAUGCACCUGAAGUUGCGGAUAUUGCUAUAAAAACUAAUUUAUAUGAAGAGGCAUUUGCAAUUUACAAGAAAUACAAUGAACAUACAAGUGCUAUAAAUGUUUUAGUUGAACAUAUUGCUAGUCUUGAUCGUGCAGCAGAAUUUGCUGAAAAAUGUAAUAUCCCUGAAGUUUGGAGUCGAUUGGCUAAAGCACAAAUCACUGGUUUAAGAAUUAAAGAUUCGAUUGACUCAUAUAUUCGUGCCGAUGAUCCUAGUAAUUUUUCAGAAGUUAUCAGUAUAUCAUCACGAGCUGAAAAAUAUGAAGAUCUUGUACGAUACUUGCAAAUGUGUCGUAAAAAGCUACGUGAACCUUUGGUUGAUAAUGAGCUUCUUUUUGCGUAUGCCAAGACUGAAAAAUUCCAUGACCUUGAGGAAUUUUUGAAUAGGCCAAAUGUUGCGCAAAUUCAAAUUGUUGGUGAACGUUGUUAUGAAGAUGGUCUUUAUGAAUCUGCUAAAAUUUUAUUCCAGAGUAUUUCAAAUUGGGCAAGGUUAGCUUCUACGCUCGUUCAUUUGGGUGAAUAUCAAGCAGCUGUUGAUGGUGCUAGAAAAGCCAGUAAUACUAAGGUUUGGAAAGAUGUACAUAAUGCUUGUGUUCAACAUAAAGAGUUUCGUUUAGCACAUAUUUGUGGUCUUAACCUUAUUGUUCAUGCCGAAGAGUUACAAAAUGUGACUAGGUUGUAUGAAAAUAAUGGUUAUAUAGAUGAAUUAUUAUCACUUUUAGAAGCAGGGUCUGGCCUUGAAAGAGCACAUAUGGGAAUGUUUACUGAAUUAUCCAUUUUGUAUACUAAAUAUCGACCUGAUAAAACAUAUGAACAUUUACGAAUUUUCUGGUCACGACUUAAUAUCCCUAAAGUGAUUCGUGCUUGUGAUGAGGCUCAUCAAUGGAAAGAAUUGGUUUUUUUAUAUGAACAUUAUGAUGAAUUUGAUAACGCUGCCCUUGCAAUGAUUCAACACGCAGCUGAUGCUUGGGAACAUUCACGAUUCAAAGAUAUAUUAGUUAAAGUUAGCAACGUUGAAAUUUAUUAUAAGGCUUUAAAAUUUUAUCUGGAUGAACACCCUCUUUUACUUAAUGAUCUUCUUGGUGCAUUAACUCCAAGAAUUGAUCACACAAGAGUUGUGCAAAUGUUCCAAAAAUCUGACAACAUUCCAUUGAUAAGAUCAUACCUAAUAUCAGUACAAGAAACAAACAAUGAAGCAGUUAAUAAUGCAUAUAAUGAUAUAUUGAUUGAAGAGGAGGACUAUAAAGCAUUGAGAGAUUCAAUUGAUAGUUUUAAUAAUUUUGAUAAUAUCAAAUUAGCGCAACGACUUGAAAAACAUAACCUUCUUGAAUUCCGUAGAAUCGCAGCACAUCUUUACAAAAAAAAUAAACGUUGGCCGCAAUCAAUUGCAUUGUCUAAGGAGGAUCGACUUUUCAAAGAUGCCAUUGAAACAACCAGUGAAUCACGUUCAACUGAUGUAGUAGAAGAACUUUUAGAAUACUUUGUUCAAAUAGGGAACAAAGAAUGCUUCACUGCGUGUUUAUUUGUUUGUUAUGAUUUUGUUAGACCAGACAUUGUGCUGGAGUUGGCAUGGAGACAUGGCCUUAAUGACUUUGCCAUGCCAUAUUUGAUUCAAACUUUACGUGACUUCACUCUUAAGGUUGAUUCGUUAGAAAAAGCAAAUGCUGAAAGAUCAGCAAAAGAAGAACAAGAAAAAUCUGAGAAUGGAAAUCAACGUUUACUUACUCAAGGCUCAGCGCAAGGUGUUGUUCCCCAAGGUUUUGGCUCAUCAUACAAUGGUAUGAAUAAUAUGUCUCCUUAUCCAAAUGGUGGCUUUUAA